CCAAAUUUCAGCUUUUUGACCCCCAGCCCCCCAAAUUCGGGGGUCCCGCCCCUCCCCCGCCAUGGCCGACCCCAUCAUGGACCUCUUUGACGACCCCAACCUCUUCGGCCUCGACCCCCUCCCCGAUGACCUCGUGACCCCUGCGGCCGCCCCUCCCCCCUCCGACCCCUUGGCCGAAGCUUUGGGCCUAUCAGGAGCUUUGGACCCCUCCCCCACCCCUCCCCCACCCCCCCAACCCGCCCCUCCCCCCCCUCCUCCUUCCUCCGCCCCUCCCCCCCCACCCCCGCCGCCCCUCCCCCACCCCGACCCGGAAGUGCUGAGUCAGGGAAAUCCCUUCAUGGGGGUCUCCGCCCCUCCCCCACCCCCACCACCCCCUCCCCCCCCCUCCCCCCCCCCCAAAAUCGUCAUCCUCAAAGCCCCGCCCCCCUCCGGCCCCGCCCCGGCCACGCCCAACGGCGGCAAGCUCUCAUUGGCCAAGGUGCUGGGGGGCGUGGCCUCGGGCGCGGUGGGCGUGGCCUCCGGGGGCGCGGGGGGCGUGGCCUCCGGGGGCGGGGCCCGGCAGGUGAAGCAGGUGCUGCUGCAGCCCCUGAAGGCCGGGCCGGGAGGCCCCGCGGCGGCGCACCUGAAACCCGGGCUGGGCCUGGGGGCCGGACAGGGGGACUCCAAGCGCAUCACGCUGGUCUUGCAGCCGCCCCCAGGCCAGGGCACGGCGCCGGGUCAGCGCCACGUCGUGCUGGGCACUCUGCCCGGCAAACUCCUCCUGCAGAGCAACGCCGCCGCUCCGGCCACUCCGGCCACUCCGGCCAAAGGCGCGUCCGGCGCUCCGGCCAAGGUGGUGACCAUCCAGCUGCAGGUGCAGCCCGCGGCCGCGGCCGGAGCGGCCGGACAGGCCGGAAAGGUGCAGCUGGUGCCGCCGGCCGGGGCGGGGCCGCUGGGCGUGGCCCAGGUGCCGCAGGUGCUGGGCGGGGCCGGACAGAGGCUGACCGUGCCCCUCAAGGUGGUGCUGCAGCCCCAGGCCACCUCCUCCACCACCCCCACCUCCAGCGGCCUCUCCGUGGUCAAAGUCCUGACCACCACCGACCUGCCCGCCGCGUCCGGAGCGUCCGGAGGCGCGGCCGGAGGAGUGACCGCACUGACCACCCCGGACGAGAGCCGGCGGCUGGAGCACCAGAAGAAGCAGGAGAAGGCCAACCGCAUCGUGGCCGAGGCCAUCGCCCGGGCGCGCGCCCGCGGCGAGCAGAACAUCCCGCGCGUCCUCAACGAGGACGAGCUGCCCAACGUCCGGCCCGAGGACGAGAGUGACCGCAAGCGCCGGCGCAAGGCCGGAGGAGAGCGCGGUGGGAAGGAGGAGCGGCCGCGGCGGGGGAAGGGCGGCCAGAGCGGCGGCAAGAGCAAGGCCAGGGGCAAGGCCAGCACCAUCACGCCGGUGGUGGGGAAGAAGCGCAAGCGGAACGUCUCCUCGGACAAUUCGGACUCGGAGGCGCUCCCGACCCCGUCCCCGCGCCGCGACGACGACGCCACCGUGCAGAAGCGGCGCUCGAACCGGCAGGUGAAGCGCAAGAAGUACACGGAGGACCUGGACAUCAAGAUCACGGACGACGAGGAGGACGAGGAGCUGGACGUCACCGGGCCGGCGCGGCCCGAGCAGCCGCCGGCGCCGCCCCCGCCCGAGCCCGACGGCGCCGAGGCCCUGCCCUCCAUGCAGUUCUUCGUGGAGAACCCGAGCGAGGAGGACGCGGCCAUCGUGGACAAGGUGCUGUCCAUGCGAGUGGUCAAGAAGGAGCUGCCCUCGGGACAGGUGGUGGAGGCCGAGGAGUUCUUCGUCAAGUACAAGAACUACUCGUACCUGCACUGCGAGUGGGCGACGAUCGCACAGUUGGAGAAGGACAAAAGGAUCCACCAGAAACUGAAACGCUUCAAGACCAAAAUGAACCAAAUGCGGCAUUUUUUCCACGAGGAUGAGGAGCCCUUCAACCCCGACUACGUGGAGGUGGAUCGGAUCCUGGACGAGUCGCACAGCGUGGACAAGGACAACGGCGAGCCCGUGGUGUAUUACCUGGUCAAGUGGUGCUCCCUGCCCUACGAGGACAGCACCUGGGAGCUGCAGGAGGACGUGGACGAGGCCAAAAUCGCCGAAUUCAAACGGAUCCAGGCCCGGCACCCCGAGCUCAAGAGACAGCCCCGCCCCCAGGCCGCCGCCUGGAAGAAGUUGGAGUCGUCGCGGGAGUACAAGAACCACAACCGGCUGCGGGAGUACCAGCUGGAAGGGGUUAACUGGCUGCUCUUCAACUGGUACAACAGGCAGAACUGCAUCCUGGCGGACGAGAUGGGGCUGGGCAAGACGAUCCAGUCGAUCGCGUUCCUGCAGGAGGUGCACGGCGCAGGUGUGCGCGGCCCGUACCUGGUGAUCGCGCCGCUCUCCACCAUCGCCAACUGGGAGCGCGAGUUCGGCACCUGGACGCACCUGAACACCAUCGUCUACCACGGCAGCCUGGCCAGCCGGCAGAUGAUCCAGCAGUACGAGAUGUACUGCAAGGACGGCAAGGGCCGGCUGAUCCCGGGCGCGUACAAGUUCGACGCGCUGAUCACGACCUUCGAGAUGAUCCUGAGCGACUGCCCCGAGCUGCGCGAGGUGCCGUGGCGCUGCGCCGUCAUCGACGAGGCGCACCGGCUGAAAAACCGGCACUGCAAGCUGCUGGACAGCCUCAAGCACAUGGACCUGGAGCACAAGGUGCUGCUGACCGGGACCCCCCUGCAGAACACGGUCGAGGAGCUCUUCAGCCUCCUGCACUUCCUGGAACCCGCCCGCUUCCCCUCCGAGGGCGACUUCCUGCGCGACUUCGGCGACCUGAAAACCGAGGAGCAGGUGCAGAAGCUGCAGGCGCUGCUGAAGCCCAUGAUGCUGCGGCGGCUGAAGGAGGACGUGGAGAAGAACCUGGCGCCCAAGCAGGAGACCAUCAUCGAGGUGGAGCUGACCAACGCGCAGAAGCGCCUCUACCGCGCCAUCCUGGAGCGCAACUUCGCCUACCUGGCGCGCGGGGCGGGGCACGGCAACGUGCCCAACCUGCUCAACACCAUGAUGGAGCUGCGCAAGUGCUGCAACCACCCCUACCUGAUCAACGGUGCAGAGGAGCAGAUCGUGGCGGAGCUGAGGUCCUCCCCGGGCGCGCCGGCACCACCGGACCUGGCGCUGCAGGCCCUGGUGCGCUCGGCCGGGAAACUGGUGCUGCUGGACAAGCUGCUGCCCCGGCUGCGCGCCGGCGGCCACAAGGUGCUGGUCUUCUCCCAGAUGGUGCGGUGCCUGGACAUCCUGGAGGACUACCUCAUCCAGAAACGGUACCCCUAUGAGCGCAUCGAUGGUCGGGUUCGUGGCAACCUGCGACAGGCGGCCAUCGACCGCUUCAGCCGGCCGGACUCGGACCGCUUCGUGUUUCUCCUGUGCACCCGCGCCGGUGGCCUCGGCAUCAACCUGACGGCCGCCGACACCUGCAUCAUCUUCGACUCCGACUGGAACCCCCAGAACGACCUCCAGGCGCAGGCGCGGUGCCACCGCAUCGGGCAGAGCAAGGCGGUGAAGGUCUAUCGCCUCAUCACCAGGAACUCCUACGAGCGGGAGAUGUUCGACAAGGCCAGCCUGAAGCUGGGCCUGGACAAGGCCGUGCUGCAGUCCAUGAGCGGCCGCGAGGGCGCCAUCCCCGGGAUCCAGCAGUUCUCCAAGAAGGAGAUCGAGGACCUCCUGCGCAAAGGCGCCUACGCCGCCAUCAUGGACGAGGACGACGAGGGCGCCAAGUUCUGCGAGGAGGACAUCGAGCAGAUCCUCCUGCGCCGCACCACCACCAUCACCAUCGAGAGCCAGGGCCAGGGCUCCACCUUCGCCAAGGCCAGCUUCGUGGCGUCGGAGAACCGCUCGGACAUCGCGCUGGACGACCCCAACUUCUGGCAGAAGUGGGCCAAGAAAGCCGAGCUGGACCUGGAGCUGCUCAACAGCAAGAACACGCUGGUGAUCGACACGCCGCGCGUCCGGAAGCAAACGCGCCACUUCAGCACUCUGCGCGACGACGAUCUGGUCGAAUUCUCCGACCUGGACAGCGACGACGACCUGGAGCGCCUCGACCGCGCCACGCGCUCCCGGCGCGGCCACCAGCACCAAAACCACCACCAAAACCACCAACUCCACCCCCAACCGCCGCCGCCGCCGCCGGCCGGCCCCGCCGCGCCGCCGCCCUUCGGCCGCAGCGACUGCGUCCGCGUCGAGAAGCACCUGAUGGUCUACGGUUGGGGCCGUUGGCGCGAGUUGGCCGCGCAGGGCCGCUUCAAGCGCCGGCUGUCGGAGCGCGACGUGGAGAACCUCGGCCGCGCCAUCGUCCUCUUCUGCCUGCGGCACUUCCGCGGCGACGACGGCACGCGCGCCUUCGCCGGGGCGCUGCUGGCCCCCGGCCACAACGGCCGCGCCCGCCCCGCGCCCGGCCGGAAGGGCAAAAAGGCCCCGAAGGUUCCGGAAGCUCCGGCGGCCGAGUGGCUCCUGCAGGACGAGAACUUCCGGAAGCAUCUGCGGCACCAGAGCGGAAAGCUGCUGCAGCGUGUCCGGGCUCUCCAUGUUCUGCGCCACGAGGUGAUCGGAGCCGCUGCCGAGCCCGUCCUGGCCGGGGCCACAGCCAGCGAGGUGCAGAUCUCCUUCCCGCUGCUGGAGCCGCUGGAGGUUCCCGAGCCCUGGUGGGACCCCGAGGCCGACAAGUCGCUGCUCAUCGGGGUCUUCAAACACGGCUACGAGCGGUACCACACCAUGCGCGCCGACCCCGCCCUGUGUUUCCUGGCCAAGGCCGGCGGUCCCGACGCGACGGCCGUGGCGGCCGAGCAGCGCCUGGAGGGGGCCGAUUUCGACAGAGACCCCGAGGACCCCGAGUACAAACCCCUGCAGGGCGGCGGCGAGGAGAGUGACCCCCUGGCCGGGCUGGACGAGGAGAUCUCGGUGGUGGACGGGGACGAAGCCGUUCCGAUGUCCGGCCCCACGCCACCGGUGUCCGGUCCUGUGGUCACUUCUGACCCCACGGUGAUGUCCAGUCCAAUGGUCACCUCCGGCCCUGUGGUCACUUCUGGUCCCACGCCACUGUCCGGCCCCACGCCGAUGUCCGGUCCUGUGGUCACUUCUGGCCCUGUGGUCACUUCUGACCCCACAACGAUGUCCAGCCCAGUGGUCACCACCGGUUCCACGCCGAUGUCCAGCUCAAUGGUCACCUCUGACCCCAUGGUCACCACCGGCCCUGUGGUCACUUCUGACCCCACAGCAAUGUCCACCCCAGUGGUCACUUCUGGCCCCACGCCACCAAUGUCCACCCCAGUGGUCACUCCUGGCCCUGUGGUCACUCCUGGCCCCGGCCUGGGCGCGUGGCCGGCGGCCGCAGCACUGACCGCUCGCCUGCGGCGCCUCUUGGCCGCCUGUCCCCGCUCCGGCUCCGGCCACCGGCCGGACCCUCAGGCCACCGAGAUGGCGCCUGGACAGCCCAGUGGUCACUCUGGUGGUCACUCUGGUGGUCAGUCCAGUGGUCACUCUGGUGGUCAUCACGGCGGUCAAACCAGUGGUCAGCCCAGUGGUCACUCUGAUGGUCAACCCAGUGGUCAACCCAGUGGUCAGCCUGAUGGUCACUCCAGUGGUCACUCAGGUGGUCACUCAGGUGGUCACUCAGGUGGUCACUCAGGUGGUCACUCAGGUGGUCACUCAAGUGGUCACUCCACUGGUCACUCCGGACACGCGGAGCGGCCGCGGCGACCCCGGCGAGGGCACGAGCGGCGCGAGAAGCAGCAGCGCUGGACGCGGCGGGAGCAGGCCGACUUCCUGCGGGUGGCCUCGACCUUCGGCGUGGAGCUGGAGCCGGGCUCGGGCCGGUUCCGCUGGGGCCGUUUCCGCGCCCUGGCCCGGCUGGAGCGGCGCUCGGACGAGGACCUGACGCGCUUCUACCACGGCUUCGUGGCCAUGUGCCGGCAGGUGUGCCGGCUGCCGCCCGCGCCCGGCGACGCCCGCCGGCCGCCGUGCCCCUGCCCCAGCUCCGUCCCCGCCCCGCUGGCGCUGCGGGCGCUGCGGCGGCUGGCGCUGCUGCGCUGCUGCGGGAGCGCGUGCUGCCGCACCCGGCGCUGCCGGCGCUGCUGCCGCGGCUGCCGCCCCCCGGCGCUUUUACCCAUUUGCACCCCGUUUCUAACCCUGUUUUCCCCAUUUUUCACCCUGUUUUUUCCCGUUUUUCCCGGGCGCCGCCCACCCUUCCCAGUCCCCGUCACCAUCCCCGCCCCGCUGGCGCUGCGGGCGCUGCGGCGUCUGGCGCUGCUGCGCUGCGUGCGGGAGCGCGUGCUGCCGCACCCGGCGCUGCCGGCGCUGCUGCCGCGGCUGCCGCCCCCCGGCUCGCUGCUGCCGCCCUGGUGGCGGCCCGGCGCCCACGACGCGGCGCUGCUGCGCGCCGCCGCCCGGCACGGCCUGCGGGGGGCGCUGCUGCGCGCAGAGAUCGGCGACGCAGGAGGAGGAGGAGGAGAGGGGCAGAGGAGGAGAGGGGAGGAAGAGGAGGAGGAGGAGAUGGAGUUUGGGGGGAAUUUCAGCGUUUUUGGGGUCUCCCCUGGCGCAGGGCCGGAGGCGUUGGGGGCCGAGGAGGAGGAGGAGGAGGAGGAGGAAGAAGAGGAGGAAGAUGAGGAGGGGGAGGGGGAGGACGAGGAUUCCCCUCCCCCCCCGGGCGAGGGCGGCUCCCCCAAACCGCCCCUCCCCCACCCUGCGCCCCAAAAUCUCCUCUGCUGGCCCAAGGAGCGGGCGCUGAUCCGGCGUCUGGAGCUGAUCUGCCGGGCCGUGCUGGCGGCGGGGGAGGGGCCGGCCCCGCCCGGGGGGGUCCCGGGGGGGCUCCCGGACCCCGCCCCUCCCCCCAUCCCCUCCCCCACCCCCCGCGGCAGGAGGGAGUUCACCGUGCAGAUCAAGGACGAGGAGGGGCUCAAACUGACGUUCCAAAAGCAUCGCCUGGGACCCAACGGGGCCCCGCGCCCGCCCGGCGCCCCCAAGAAAAGCAGCAAGAAACUGGUGGAGCUGGAGCUGCGCUGCCUCGAGGGGCUCCGGGACCCCCCGGGGGACCCUCCCCCGCCCCCCGAAAUCGCCGAUUCCCGGCUGCUCCCGUUCUCGGAGCAGCGGCGGGAGAAGUGGCACCGGAAAAAGUUCCUCCCCGCCCCGCCCCCACCCCUGGACCUCUCCAAGAUGGCGGCGCUGAUGGGGGGCGGAGCCUCACCCUCGCUGGCCCCGCCCCACUUCCGGCCGGAACAGGAAGAGGAAGAGGAGGAAACAGGAAGUGGGCGCUGCCCCCUGCUGGCCGACCCCAUGAUGGCGCCCGCCUCCGACUCGGAUUAGGCCCCGCCCCUUUCCCGGGCCCCGCCCCCUCAUGAAUAUUUAUAUAAAUAUGUAAAGUGUCUCUGUGUCAUAGGGGCGGGGCUUGGCGGGGCCGGGUGGGCGGGGCCAGAGGGGUGGGCGGGGCCAAAGGGGGAGGUUUGGUUUUUUUGUUUUUUUUUUUUUAAUAAAAGGUUUGGAAAUGGA